UAGGCCAAAACUGCAUCUUGGCCAUGCGGUUUCAGGUCUGACCUACAUAAACCGCAUGGCCGAGGAGCGGUUUUGGCCUAACCUAGCAAAACCGCACUUUGGAGAUGCGGUUUGCUUCUCCAAAACAAAACCGCAUCCCCAAGGUGCGGUUUCGCCACACAAACCGCCCCCCCCCCCCACCCCAGUGCGGUUUGUGUGUCAAUUAUUUUCCGACACCCGACAUAUAGCCAUGCCAAUUACAUAGAAAUAAAAAUAAAUUAAAACAACACUCAAUUAAUAAACUAAGAUAAGAGAAAUCGUUCCAAGUACAUAUAAUUAAAAUUCAACUCAAAAUACAUCUCAAGGAAGUCCACGAGUUUCACCGGAACUGACGAUUUUCUUGCUCCUUGUACGACGGUCGACGGGAGUAACAAUAGGUGGUUCCGGGGGCAAGUUUCGAAUGGCCGAGGUAGUGUGACGCUAGUCGAUGCUGUGUCGGCGGGGAGGCGGUGCUUCCGGGGUCGAGCGGGGGACAUCUGCGCUCAUACGGUGAGGAGUAGGAGGCCACUGCUGAUGAGGGCGAGUCCAUGGGGUGAAUUCGUGGGGCGUCAUCAUGGAGGAAUCAUCAUGCCAAGUACCUGAUGAUGUAGGGGGAUCUUAGGGGUAGACCGGGCGAGAGUCGUAGCAUGUUUGGCGGGGAGAUGGGGGGUAGACCGGGCGGGAAUCGUAUGAUGGUUGGCGGGGAUCGUUGUAUGAGAUCGGGUUGGGAUCAUAUGGGGGUUGAUGGUAGCUCGGAGGGGAUUGAUGGUAGGUCGAGCGGGGAUCGUAGUAUGAGCUUGGGUGGGGAUCGUUGUGGUAGGAGGGGCGGUGCUCUUGGGAUGAACUCGGGCGGGGAUCUUGGGCGAAACUCGGGCGGGGAGCUUGGGAGGAACUCGGGCCGGCACCAUGUGUCACAACCAAUGGGGGUGGCACUUUUCACGCCUGAUAUGGCGUUACGUCGGGCACGUUGGGCUUUUCCCGAACCCUCUUGCUCUUCUUUCUCUCGUAUGGUGGUGGGGGAUCGGGGACAUCAACUUGUACCGGCUGUGGCGGGGGUGCGGGCAUGGGCGGAUAUCUACGAUGAUCCCGACCCUGAGCUCUGAUACAGCCAAGUAGACUGUUUGCCAUCCUCCUGAUGAAGCUCACAUCUUCAUUGCCCAGUUCAACUGUCCCGGCGGCCAUAUCUUUGAUACGCUCGAUCCCAUCAACCUAAAUAACCAAAAAAAAGUUAGAAAUAAAUUUAGGAACCAAGUAAUAAAUUUAAUUGUUCAGA